CGUAGCUCUCACCACCCAUCGCUCAGCUCAAAAGCAAAACCAUCACAUCACGACCCUAAUCAAACCCUAAAUCAAACUCGACAACAUUUUCAAGAAAAUGGCAGGAGUGAUGAAUCUCGCAUGCCUGGUGUUGGCAUGCAUGGUGCUUGCCGGUCCGAUGGUGGCGGAUGCUCAGAUAGGCUGCGGCUCCGUCACGAGCAGCCUCGCACCGUGCAUCAGCUAUCUGACACGUGGCGGAGCGGUCCCUCCGGCUUGCUGUGCAGGAGUCAGGCGCCUCAACAGCGCGGCUAAUUCCACACCGGCUCGUCAGGCCGCGUGCCGUUGCCUUCAGUCGGCGGCUAGGAACAUUCCCGGCCUCAACCAAGGCGCCGCUUCCGGCCUGCCUCGCGCCUGUGGCGUCAACGUUCCUUACCCCAUCAGCACCUCCACCAACUGCAACAACGUUAAGUGAGGGGGGAGUCGUGAGAGAAGGUAGAGCUUGAAGGGCGCAAUAUCACACAUUUUCGUAUUAUCUAUGGAGAAUAUAUUUUCAUGAAAUAAAUGGUCCGACUGUCCUGUUGUUGUGUUAUAUCGUUUGAGAUUUUAAUUUCAUGUAUCGUAUGCAUGGCAUCGUGCUGGUUAGUCCUCUUCGCUGUGAACUUACCACCGAUCCGGAAUUAAAAAUUGGGAGUUUUUACGUUAUC